GUCCUAUGUGUCGAUUAGUACAAUAGUUUUACUAUUAUUCUAGUUUUUUGUUAAAAAAUUAGUUUAAUAGAAAGUUAAGUCACAAUGAGACUGCAUCUCAUAAUACUAGUGCUAUCAGUCGCUGUAUUAUCUCAAGCAAAAAGAGAGCCCAAGUUUGCGCCGUAUAUAGACGUGACCAGAGCUCAGGACUUUAAUUUGGUUGAUCUCAAGAACCAGUAUGGAGUCAAAGCUUUUUCGUUGGCUUUUGCUAUCGGAGGAACCGCUGGUUGUGUUCCCAUGUGGGGCGGACAGACCAAUAUAGAUGAUCCAAGUAUUAUAAAUCCAAUUAAAGCUUUCAAAGCUGCCGGCGGUGAUGUCAUUGUAUCUACUGGUGGCGCUUUGGGUCCAUAUUUAGAGCAAAGUUGCCAAACGGUUGAAGAUCUGGCAAAUGCCUACAAGAAAGCGCUGGCAGCCACUGGAUCCACACAUUUGGACAUUGAUAUCGAGUCAACAGUGAAUGUGGAUACUAUGAAUCAGGCAUUGGCUCAAUUACAACAAGAAAAUGCAUUAAUCACUGUUAGCUUUACACUUAUGGUUCAGUCAGAUGACUAUGGAGUGACCAAUGAAUUGGGUUUUAAUCUGUUGAAAAACGCCGACAAACAUGGAGUCAACGUUGACAUUGUUAAUCCAAUGACAAUGGAGUUCGGUAGCUCCCGUGCCUCGUGGGGCGAUGCAGUCAUUGCCGCCGCUGAGGCCACACAUAAACAGAUGAAACAAAUUUGGCCGCAAAAGAGCGAUCAAGAGUUGUAUUCCAUGUUAGGCGUGACUCCUAUGUUAGGCCGCAAUUUCAAUGGUAAGAUAUUUGAAAUAAAUCACGCAAAACAAUUGGUAGAGUGGGCUAAACAGAAAAAGAUUGGACACUUAUCAUACUGGUCUAUCAACAGAGAUAGGGGUUGUCCGGGAAAAGCAGUAGGACCGGGAUGUUCCAGUAUUGCCCAACAGGAUCACGAGUUUAGCAAAAUAUUUGCCACCUUUGACGAUGGUGUUGAUCCCAGUCCUGAUCCCACAGAGAUACCUCCCGUCACUAGUCAAUCACCACCCAUACCAACUACACGUAAAACUCCAGAUCCUAUAGAUUGCAGUAUACCAGGAAAAUUAUAUCCGCAUCCAACUGAUUGCAAUAAAUACAUUUGGUGUUUUGAUGGACAACCUCAUGAAAAACAAUGCGGUGCCGGCACUGUAUGGGACAUCCAAAGACAGGUUUGCAAUUAUCCCAAAGAUGCCGGAAGACCUGAAUGCAUGUAAUUAUAUUAAAUAAUAAUAUAA